GACAAUGGAAAAGAGAAUUCUUCAGAGAAAGAGGAGCGUGUUCAUGCUUCUGGUAUAUCCUUAGAGAAGGAGACUUCCAAUAACUUAUAUGUUGAUGGUUGUAAAAGGUUUCCAGAUUCUGAGUAUGAUUGUCCUACAUCCAUCCCACCGGUUGGGUGAAAAUUUGGCAAUGCAACCUUCUGCUUCCACUGAAUGGCAUCAAUCAGAUCCCUGCAACCCAUCGGCGUUGCCUCCCAAUUGUUCAAGUUUCCCAAAGUCUGCAAAAAUGUUUAUGGAUGCUAUUAAGAAGAAUAGAUCUUGUCAGAGGUUUCUGCGAAGUAAGUUGGUUCAGAUUGAAGCAAAAAUUGAGCAGAACAAAAAAUUGAAGGACCGUGUUAAAAUUCUUAAAGAUUUUCAAGUUUCUUGCAAAAAAAGAACCGGGAGAGCAUUAUCCCAGAAGAAGGACCCUCGCGUCCUGUUAAUUUCAAUGAAGAAGUCAUCAGCUUCUAAGGAUUCAGCGACUGGAGGGAGCUUCUCAGUCCAAACAAUCUGUUUUCUUGAUGUGGAGGAAAAAAAGACAUAUAUAUAUAUAUAUGAUUAGAUUUCCUCACUAAAAGUUCAUAUAAAAAAAUUUCAAGGAGCAGGGCGGAAAUAAAG